AUAAACAUAUAUAUAAUCAUAAUCUACACAUAUAUAAUGCAAUAAUACGCUUUUACUUAACAAUUUGAUUGACAAUCUUUAAAAUGUUUGUGAAAUGUUUACCCAUUGCACUCGGCUUGCUGCUGCUGCAACUGGCCACGGGCAGCCGCGGGAGCAGCUUGGAGCAGCCGGAGCAGCCGCGACAUGAACUGCCGCUGUCGCAGUCGCUGUCCGAGUGCGCCGCCAAGCAGGGCGAGUGCGACGAGAGCGAGGGACCAGUUUGCGGCACAGACGAUCAGACUUAUCCCACGCGCUGUCACCUGCUGCGGGUGCAGUGCAGCGGCCACCAGGUCAGCCUCAAGCAUCGCGGCAAUUGCAAGGGCUGCCUGGUCGCGCUGAAGUACGCUAGGGAGCGUGCACGCAAUCCGAAAAUCUUCUUUCCGCGCUGCCGCAGCGACGGCAACUAUGCGGCCGUACAGUGCCUGGUCGGUUCCGGCUGCUGGUGCAGCGACAGCAGCGGCAAACCCAUCCGGAAUACCACCACGCGUCGCAGCAGGCCCAAGUGCGGCGCCUACAGGCGCAACAAUCGCCGUCGGUCGCCGCAGCGCCAGCUCAGCCUGGAUGCGGAUGUGGCCAAUAGCAGCGAGGUCGCCGGAUCGGGACAUCGUCCGUGCAGCAAGGCGGAUCGUUUGGCGUUUAACAAUCAUCUGAUCAAGGUGUUUCGCAGCGAGCACGUGCGCUCCGGACAAACCCAAACGGCUGCUGUUAGCGAUGCCGCUGUGCUCGACUGGAAGUUUGCCCAGUUGGAUGCGAAUGCCAAUCAGUUGCUGGACAGACAAGAAGUGCGUGAGCUCAAGAAGCUUGUCAAGCGGGCGGUAAAGCCCAGACGUUGUGGACGUGCCUUUGGCAAGUACUGUGAUGUCAACCGAGACGAUAGCCUGUCCCGUCUGGAAUGGAGCAACUGCCUGUCCAAAGAUACCAGUCAGCGUAAAACGGCAGUUAACAUCGUGAACAGCGGUUCAACGAUCAGCUCCAUCACAUCGCCCACAAUUCCACGCCGCACGCACUACCCAAAUCUGCAUAACAUAGACCAUACAAAUCCCCACCAUGACCAUACCAAUACGAAUAUCAUCGGCACUAGCAGCACGGGUAGCGGCAUCAACUCUCGCAUCCAUGAGCUUGGCAACGGGAGCGAGGAGCACGAAGAUGAUUAUAUUGGCGAGGAUGAAGACGUGAGCAUGACACAUCCACGCACAUCCCCGUUGUCGCCAUCGACAUUUAAUUCACUUGGCAUGCUUCCAAAGGGCAGUAUCGAGUCUAUUCUAAUGGGCCUUUCGUUCACAGUUCUGAAUGCCAAGACAGCGGAGGCGACUAAUAACGAGAGCGAAGGCGACGCCAACUGCUGGACGGAUCGGGAAGUGGCUCGCGAGGAGCAGCGCCAUGGCGGCAACAGAUCCUUCUUUGUGCCCGAGUGCAUGGCCGAUGGCCGAUACAAGCGCGUGCAGUGCUAUAGCUCCAUUUGCUGGUGUGUCAACGAGGAAACGGGCAAGAAUAUACCGGGCACCUUUGGCCAAAAGCGACCCCAAUGCGAUGAGGUCGCCGCCGUGCGACCCAUGAAAGGCUGCACAGAGCCCCGUAAAACGCAAUUCCUCAAGGAGCUUAAGGAGUUUCUCAACACACAGAUACUACCCAGCAGUAAUACUGGAAACUCGACCAUGUGGAAGUCGGAGGAUGAGCGCAUUGCCACGCUGAGCUUUGUCUUUCUGGACAAGAAUAAAAACAAGUCGUGGGAGCGCAAAGAAUGGAAGGUCUUUCGUGAUCUGGUCACCAGUGCCAGCAAUUUGAGCAAAUGCGGCAAGAAAAUGCCUCGCUACUGUGAUGCGAAUGGCGAUAAGAAAAUCUCGUUGUCCGAGUGGUUGAACUGUCUGCAAUCGCAGCGAACGGAGAGCACCACCACUGCAAAGCCGGCACGAUCAAACGAGACGGCCACAUCGCGGCUCCUGGGAUCAAAUCCGUUGGAGCACUAUCUUAAAGAUUAGUUUUUUAGUGAUGACGUUGCUUGUUUUGUGCUGCUACUCAUUAGAUGUCGUGCCAUGCUGCGUGGAAGAGCUUGAAUAUAUCCACCCACUCAUACACACUCUCACCCACACACACACACUCACAUUCCUAGCGUAUAGAUUCUACGAUUUACAUGUAUAUGUAAUUAGUGUUGUAAAUAUUACUGAAUUUAAAUGUUUAGUUUAAUUUUAAUGUAUAAUGAAUAUGUUUAUUCAGACAGAUCGAGAGAGAUCAGCCUUCAAUUAUGUUUAUCGAUGUAGAUUUUAUUCAAACUUUAGCUUGGCGCGCAUCUUUCUUUAAAUAAAAAUGGAAUUGCAGCCAACUUCACGCGGCGCCAGCAAAAUUCUCCUUCGAUCAAUUCUGCGCAGCAUAAAGUUGGCUGCGAACGCAAUUUCACACACAGUCGCUGCCCGCCAA